AUGGUGAAAAACUUGAAGAAUGGAAAAGCCCCCUCCAAUGUACAAACUCUCAACAAAGCUCUCUCCAGCAUCAUACCCCCAUCCAACUCUCAUUUCUCCAGGUGUAUUGCUUCCUUCUGCCGUCUUGUUUUAAAUAUCAAAAAGCUAGAAGAACAACACUGGCAAAAUUCACCUUCAGCAGAACAACUUCAACAUGCCAACAAUCUUCCACUAACCAUUACAAGCCAUCCCAUUCAAUCCAGAAUAAAGCUUUCCCCUGUAAAACCCCAUGUUUUACAUGGUAUCUCGUUGGACUGUCGGGAAUUGUUCCUUGCGGAUUUGAAAGCAGCCAACUUCCCCCAUCCAACUUUUGCGUGGCAUGAACCUUGGGACUCUCACUGGAAUCAACUUUUCUCGGCCUUCCUCCUGAAGCACUGGAAUCAUUGUUACAAAUACGGCGCCUUUGCAAAUUUCCCAUUCAAUUCAAAACACAACAACUCUGUGAAUUCAAUGGCGGUGCUCAAAAGGUGGUUUGUAGGAAAAAGCAACGACAUCCAAAAAAACAAAUACUCCCCAGUUUCAGUAAUGAAGAAAGCUAUCCAGGUGAAAAAGUCAAAAUGGCGCAAACAACUCUCUCAUAACCGUACUGAAAUGCUCACCUUAUUGGACCUUCCCGAUGAACAGACAGACAUAUUCAGUGAACCAACAUGCUGCUCGGACACAGAGCAAACUGACGAUGGGAAUUUCCAUAGAGUUCAGUGUCCUUGGCGAUCAACUCUAUUCACAGAGCUUGCUUACCACCUUGACAAGUUCUCUGAGAAAAACAAGGCUGAAAAACUGGGUAAAAAGUACUACACCCAUACUACUUCUAUCUGGUUACUCCGCCAAACCAGUGAAUUACGAGAAAAAAUAAUCAACGUGCCCUCAGGACUCCCACGAAACUGCUACCACCCAAAUUUCCUUGCUUCCCUCAAUGAAACCGACAUCAAUGUUUUAAGAAUUAAGGACGAAAUAGAUCUUCAAGCCAUCAUCAAAGAGGUUUCCACUCAACGGUAUGCUCAACCUGAUACAAUUAAAGAAGUUAGUCUCUUGCGAUAA